UGGAAUGCAACGGCUUAGCCGCGGUCCGUAGCCUGGGGAAAGCCUCCUCCUCGGGCUAUCCCCCGCCUGUUUUGCCCCCAGCAUGUCCUCCACUUGGCGAUUCAUGCGGUUUCUUAUAGAAGUUCUAGAGAGCGUGCAGUGACACUCCCAACCUUUGAUUUAUUCAUUGCCUCACAGCUGAAACCAUGGCUGGAGCGGUGCGCCAACCCAUCGACGUCCCCUCCCUGGAGCGUUAUCUCGACCACAAUGUACCCGCUAUCAAGACCCCCCUGGACGUGAAGCAGUUCGGCUUUGGCCAAUCCAAUCCGACCUACCAGAUCACUACCGCCGAUGGAAGUAAAUACGUCCUCCGCAAGAAGCCCCCGGGCAAGCUGCUCUCAAAAACGGCUCACAAAGUCGAGCGGGAAUACAAGAUUAUACAUGCCCUGGAACAUACCGAUGUGCCGGUCCCCAAGGCCUACUGUCUCUGUGAGGAUAGCAGCGUCAUCGGGACCCCCUUUUACAUCAUGGAAUUCCUGGACGGACGGCACUUUACUGAUCCUGCCAUGCCGGGGGUCGACCCCGCAGAGAGAACGGCCCUCUGGCAGGAUGCGGUCCGUACGUUGGCCAAGUUCCAUCGAGUCGUUCCCAAAUUGGUCGGACUAGAUGGGUUCGGAAAACCGACGGGCUUCUAUGAUCGACAGAUCGCCACCUUCACAGCCGUAUCUCGUGCCCAGGCGCAAGCCGUGGAUGUGGAGACAAAGGAGCCUGUCGGAGAGCUGCCUCAUUUCAUGGACAUGGUGCACUUCUUUGCCGACAAGAAGACGCAGCCGCAGGACCGUGGCACGCUCGUGCACGGGGAUUAUAAAAUCGAUAAUAUGAUAUUCCACAAAUCCGAGCCGCGAGUCAUUGGCCUUUUGGAUUGGGAGAUGGCCACGGUGGGGCAUCCGUUGUCCGACCUCUGCAACCUCACUAGUCCCUACUUCCUGGACACAGUGGAUCACAAGAAGGAGAUGUUCAGCCCAGCCCUGGUGCCUGGCUUGCCCGCCCGGGCGGACUGUCUAAAUUGGUACCGGGAGGUAUCCGGCUACGACCCCACCGGGGAUAUAUCAUGGGGCGACGCCUUCUUCACGUGGAGAAGCUCAGUGAUUAUGCACGGCAUCAAGGCACGGUAUGCGCUCAGACAGGCCAGUAGUGCUCGCGCAGCCGAGUAUGCCAGGAGUACCGAACCGUUCGCGUUGGAGGCUUGGGAACGGGUUAAGAAGGCGCAAGCCCAGAUCCGCCAGAAGGGCAAACUGUAGUCAGGAACGGACCAACCUCCCGAGAGUCCAUGCUCACCAAGAACGAAGCUGGUGUGGGGUAAGCAUUAUAGUUCUCUUCUGUGGCAUAGCUACCCAUGUAUGUACGGUAAGCCGGACCAGCUGUGAUCAAUCAUCCAGUCGGGGAUCCCGAGAGAAGCAAUAGUCGGGAUGAGAAUCCUGAUGUGGGCUCAUUCCUCCUUCAUCAUUAUUUCCUCCCAACACCGUACUAUGCCGCAGGAUGGCCCUAUGGCCUAUGUAUGCAACAGGAUGACACUAACUCUUUUCACGGGAGGCGUAUGAAAGCCGAAAAGUCCAUGCGCCAGUAAGGCUGUACGGAUGGGAAUCCAC